CCUCCGUCUCCUGGUCCUCCCUGCUGGGCGAGAGGCGCAGUGCCACCCACCUUGCUUCUUAGACUGUAAAUGCUCUAGGCACAGGCGGCAUGCCAACCACAACACAUGGCGUACUAAAAAAAUGGCUUGUGCCUCCAAGGGUGGCCAAGCGGAGAAGAAGAAGAAGAAGGAGAAGGAGAAGGUGCAGGACGGGGCGGAGGAGGAGGAGGACGAGGCGACGACAAAAAUCUUGGGGAGCGCCCCGCCCUGUCGGUGUGGCAGGGCGCUCGCCGAACUCGUGGCCUAAGAUGCGCGACCUGCGCGAGCGGCAGAGCACCCGGGCGAGCUGGCGGCACCGCGGCGCCGCGCCGCUGAGAGCCCGCGGCGCCCUGCCGGAGGAGGCCGCGCGCCUCCGGACCGCUCGCGGAGGGGCGCCCCCGCGCGGCCUGAAAAAGGGGGCGGCGCCGACCUCGGAAGGGCGGGGCGCGGAGGCACGGCUCGGCUCGAGGGAGGUUUUUUUUUUUUUUUUUUUUAUGUUUGAGCAACCGCUCGGCGCUGGCGUUCGCCCCCGCAGCUCGGGCCUCUAGUUGGCGUA